ACUGAAAGUAGCAGAGCAGAGGUGGUACAGUAGAUGGAGAUGGAGGUUUGUCAGAGUUUGUCUCUGGACUGUCUGAUCAGUAUUUUCGCUCUUCUUCAGGAUGAAGAUUUACUGACAGCGUCCGUCGUCUGUAAGGAGUGGCACUAUGCAGCAGAGACCCCGUGGUUGUGGAGGAGAAUGUGCCUGCAGAGAUGGAGUUUCUGCAACGUUUCUCAGCUUCUCUCAGACACUGGGAUGCCCUCGUGGAAAGGUUAUUUCCAGCGGCGCUCUCACCUGGAGAAGAAAAUGAAAACAGGCAGGUCAACUGCAGACUACACCUGCAAAAGCCUUCGAGGACACAAAGGCAAAGUUGUUGGUUUUGCAUACCUGGCUGGAAACGAUGGUUGCUCAGACGUGUGGACCUGCACACCAGUUGUUUGCAGUGCAUCGACAGAUGGCACAAUCAAAGCAUGGGACAUUCAAAAGGGAGUUAAUUUAUGGACAAGCCCUGUCCAAAGCCCUUUGCAGGACAUGACAGUGGAUGCGGUGCAGUCUGUUAUCAUCACGUCUGACAGCACAGGAACCAUCAAAACCUGGAAGGGUGCAACUGGAGAGGAGCAGGCCUGCUUUAACUCUGGCUUCUCCAGAAGCACUCUGCUGGCGUUCAGCAACAAAGACGGCAGCUCUUUCCUCAUGGUGGGAAGUGUUUUGGGGUCUCUGCUGGUGCUGUCGCUGCCUGCUUUGUCUGAAGUCUCUCGGCAUGUGGUGUGCGACUCCUUCAUGCUAAACCUCCUCCUCUCAGCGCCUGAUAAAAAGUGGAUAUUUGCUGCCUCCAAAGACAAUUUUGACUUAAGUCCAAAGGUUUUCUGUAGUGACAGUGUGUGUGACCAUGCUGAGGACCGUGUCUGUUUUAGUCUGCCAGUCACCGGCUGCUGUGCUGCAGUGUUUCUCCCAUCUCAAGCUGCUCGGCUUGCGGUCAUUCACUCUGACGGCCUCUUCAGAAACAAAACACUCUCCGUCUUCGAUUUGAUUAUGAAAGAGUCCAAAUACAAAAGGGAACCUCGUGCUCAGCAAGUUGCAUCUUUUCAGGUUGAUCUGAGCCAUCGUUCAGACGUCAUUCUUCAGGCUAGAGGGAGCAGCACUGUUCUGCUCGCAGACGGAAACCAUCUGAAGGUCUACACCAUUAAAGGGGAACUCGUAGCUAGUUUUGAAGAUCAUUUACAGCCAAUCACUGCACUUUGUGUGGACAGUUUUAGGGUGGUGACAGCGUCUCGUGACCUGUCCCUCAGAAUACUGACCUGGAGAACUCACCCCGAACAUGGGCUUACCCUGGAGAGUCAGUAUCACCUGCUCGGAGGAUCCCACACAAGAUCUAGAGGAUUCACCAACGUUGCCUGUGAUUAUUCGAGUAUUGUGGCCUCUGUGGAGUCGGUGGAUGGGAAGGACGUCCUGAAGGCUUAUACCUUUGAUUUCUGACCUCAAAACCAAUAAAUGUAUUUACGUCUCUUUUAUACUCAUUAUUUAUGUACAGCAUGAUCGUGCCUACAGUCUUCCUGCAUUAAUUAGACAAUUCAAACACUUAACCUUUUAACUCUCACUGUAGGAAAAACAAUUUAUUUGGUAAAACUGUGUUUCUUUGAAACUGUGAUGUUUUAAAGUGUUAGUUCACACAAAAAAACUCAAAUUCUGUCAUUAAUAACUCUCCCUCAUGUCAUUUCAAUCCCCUAAGAUGUUUCUGAGAGCUCCUCCAUUGACAGCAAUAGUCCCAAGAUGAACAAAGUCCAGAAAAGGAACCCAAAACAUGGCCAAAUGGGUCAUCAGUAGCUCAACUGUAAUCAUUUAAAACUCCAAAAACACUUUUGUGCACCAAAAAAAAACAGUAACACUAAUAUCUGCUUUUCUGCUGCCUCACUUCCUGUGUUACACAAUAUGUUGCAUUGCCCACAGUGAACGCACAUCCUGAUCUGAUGUGGAAGAUACUGGCGGAUGAAAUAUUUUUUAGUUCAUCUGUAAUCAUACAAAGCUCCAAGAACAUUUUGUGCACCAUAAAAACUUAAUAAAAAUAACUCGUUCUUCUUGAUCGCCAAUGUCUUCUCACUGCCUCAGGUCAGGGUGCGGGUUGUUGGUAGAAGGGAUACACCUGUGGCUGAAAGUUUAUUAAAAAUUUGUUCAUUAAAUUACCCAUUACGUUGUGUUUGUUUAACGUCUUCCCCCACAUACACAACCCUAAACCUGAGGCAGCGGAAUAUUGGCAAACAAAGUAAAUGUUACAGGGUUUCUUUGGCACACACUAGUGUUCUUGGAGCUUUGUAUGAUUACAGUUGAACCACUGAAGACACAUGGACUGUUUUGAUAAUGUUUUUGUCAUCUAUGGAGGAUAAGGGAGCUCUGAAAUUUCAUCUGAAAAAUCUUAAUGUGUGUUAAGAGGUAAAUGAAGGUCUUAUAACAAAAUCAAGGGAGUAAUUAAAAACAGAAUGUCGUUUUUGAGUGAACUAACUACUGAAUUGCCAUUCACAAAAGCUGAACUGGGGUGCGUUUCCGAAAACUAUCGUUAGCCAACUAAGGUCACAAGUUGUGUCGUUCGCAAACUGCGUCGCAAACUUCCAUGCUUGCAACUACACCUCUGGAGCUGUUAGAAUCAUAGUUCAUGGCUGUGUUCUAUUCCCACUUAUCCCCCCUAUGCCCUAUUCAUUUAGAACAUUCUAACAUUCAAAUUUGGAAUGAUGUUUUCUUUUUAAAGCAUUAAAGUGAUUAUUCUUACGUGUAAUUUGCUUUUAAAUUGUUUUAAAGUUCAGUUUUAGCGAUCUUCAUAUUGACAAUUGCGUUUCCUUCGCAGUGCACUUUGAAAACAUUGAACCCAUUCUGAACACAGCCGUGGCUCAUGACGAAAGCUAUUGACCUUAUUCUUCAAUGCGGUAGUGCGCGCGUUUUUGCGAUUGUUUUAGAACUUCCGAUUCAGCUGCCUAUGGGACAAAUGACUAGGAAUAACUAACGGCAGAAAAGGUCACACUACUUUACAAACAAGUGUUUGCAUUAAAAUACAAACAAAGUAGAAUAUUAUAAUAAGAAAAGAUCAGUUUGCAACACCAAGCAGCAAACGAGCUGUUUUUAACGUCUAAAAAAGAAGGAAGUGAAUGAGACCGAGUGAAGUGAAGUCUCGAGCCAAAAUGAUUCAAAUGGCUGCGCCCACUCGUAUGCGGAGAAUAAGGUGAAUAGGAGACCUAUUAUUUAAAAGCGGAAUUUGUUACGAAUCCAAAGCUUGUGAAAACAAAAAACACAGCAUACGUUAAUGCUUUUAAUUUAUAGUAGGUUAUUUAUUAAGUAUCUGAACUGUAUAUGACACGGGCCUGCUGGUUAGAACAUUUCUGCAGUGUUUUACAUGUCAAAUUGUAAAAGUAGACUUUGUUUUUUCUGGGUUUUCACCUUUAUUGGACAGGACAGUAGAGAAUAUUGACAGGAAAACAUUAGCAUAGGACCAGGAGGCCAGAUUCAAACUCGGGUCGCCAUGAGUGCAUGUGUCGACGCACUAACCACUACACCACUGGCUCAGAUGUAAAAGUAGGCUUUUAAAAAAAUAAAUUAACAAUAUCCUAUUUAAUAAUAAUUAUUAUUAUUAUUGUAAUCAUCAUCAUCAUCAUCGUUAAUAUUAUUAUUAUUAGGUAACACUUUACAAUAAGGUUCAUUAGUUAAUGCAAAUACUAACAUGAAGUAAUCAUGAACAACACUUGGACAGCAUUUAUUAAUCAUAUUUGAACAUUUACUAAUGCAUUAUUAACAUCCAUUCUUGUUAACAUUAGUUAAUGCAGCGAGUUAACAUGAACUAACAAUGAACAACUUUACUUUCGUUAACUAACAUGAACAUUGUUUGUUCAUGUUAGUAAAUGCAUUAAUUAACAUUAACUAAUGAACCUUAUUGUAAAGUGUGACCUAUUAUUAAUAAAGCAUGAUUUUUUUUCAUUUCCUAAUAAAUAAUACAUUUAAUUUCCUAAUAAAUAGCCUCAUAAUUUAUAUGAUUUGUAUAUGAUAUUGGAUUAUGUGUUAGAUUUUGUAAGUGAUUUUAUGUUUUAGAAUAAAAUAUGUAAUAUUCUCAAUAAUAUUUGUAAAGGAAACACAGACUUUAUAUGUGCCAUUUGCAUAUAUUUCAAUUAAUAUGGAAAGAGAGUGGAUGUUUUUACCAAAACUAAUAUAGGAUUUUUUUUAAAUGCGUGUGCGUUUAUAACAAUAUAAUUUGCACAAAGAAAUUAUGGGAUUCUUCUCUAAAGAAGUUGUUACUCCACCCUGUUUAGAGCAUCAUUAUGAGCAUUUUAGGCUAUAACUAACAUGGUUCAAACAAUAGAUCUGCGACAGAGAAACUAAAGGUUUUGGGGAAACACUUCAUCGAGUCACUACAUCGUUCUUUUCCCAACCGAUGCAUCAUACUAUGAUAGUUCAGCCGCGAGUUACGUCAUUGUUUGGGAAACGCACCGCUGUACGCUUUUAACAUCUGUUAGCCUACAACACUUGUAUGCCAAUGUUAAAUAAAGACGCUUUUCAUUUCUA